UUUUUUUUUUUUAUAUUUAUAUAUUUAUAUACAUGUUUAUAUAAAUACAUAUUCAUAUAUCUUGUUUGUGUGUGUUAUUUUAAGGGAUAUCUUUUUACCUUUUUCUUUCUUUCUUUCUCUAUAUAUACAUUAUGACUUCUUUAUUACCAAUUCAACAUUAUGUUACGCUUCAUACAACAGUAAAUACAACAGCUCCUACUACUCUUACUUCGAAUGUUAAAUUAAAACUCGAUUAUUAUAAUAAAAUAACAAAAAGUACUGGGCCAGAAUUACAUAAGCUUCGUUAUUCAUUACCACUACCACCACCACUACCACUACCACUACCAUUACCAUUACCAUUACCAUUACCGCAACUCUCAAUACAACCUAUUGUAACUACAGUAAAACCAAGAAAUCCAUUUAUAAAUGGCAAUCAUUAUCAUAAUAAUCGCUUAGCAUAUGUAGAUGCACUUGUUGAUGCAAACGCUCUUGUGAUUGAAUCAAUAUGGGAAUUAUCUGAUAAGAACACUAGUAAUGUGGUUCCGUUGAGGACAUUUAUUGAAGAAGUAUUGAAAAGAUCAAGAACAACCUAUUCAACACUACAGACAGCUUUAUUUUAUUUAUUUCGCUCGAAACAAGAUAUUAAAAGUUAUCUUUCAAGAAUGCAACAACAAAUAACACGAUGUUGGGAAGACGCUUAUAUAAGUUGUGGUAGACGCAUGUUUCUUGCUAGUCUUGUUGUAGCUUCUAAAUUUGUUCAAGAUAAAACAUAUCGUAACUCUGCUUGGGCUAAAAUCGCAGGUUUAUCUGUCUCUGAAGUAAAUGCAGCAGAGCGUAUCUUUUUGAAUAUCAUUGAUUACCAACUUUACAUUGAUCAGCCCGUCUUUGAAAAAUGGCACCAUAUAUUAAAUGCUCAUGUAGAAUCAAGAACAUCACUCUGUACGUUAAAUAGUAGUGAUGAUAUAUGGUCUUUUCCUCAUGAUAAGAAAAGAAAAAGAAAUCAUCAUACACCCCCUUUAUCUACAUCAGUUCCUAGUUCAAACAAUUCUUCACCUAUGCAAACGCCUGAAAUGAAUAAUUUCGAUAGUUCUUUAAAAAAGAGAAAAAUCAUAUCUUUAGACAAUACUUCUUACCAUCGUUCAUACAAUAUAAGUCAUGUUCGUCAACGAUCAACAAAGAAAAGACUUGACUACGCAUAAAUACAUACAUAUUUCAUUAUAUUUAUUAUGAAGAAACAAUUUAUUAUAUUUACACAUAUAUCCCCUCCCUCAUCUCCUCCCUCUCCCCCCCUUUCCAUUCUUUAUAUAUAUUAUAUCUUUUAUUUUGUUAUAUAUUAGUAGUACGUAAUUAUUUAUAUGAAUAUAUUUUAUUUUUAUUUAUUUAUAUAUAAACAUACAUGCCUUUAAUUUGUUAUAUUCAGCUAUUGUAUGAAGGUCUAUAUUCAAUAUUAGCAAUUUCAUCUAUCUUCUUUAUAGUCAUCAUUUUAUUUUGUUUUAUUUACUGCUGUUGCCUUUUUAUUU